GAUGAAAUCGAAUUACUGGAGGAGAAGCAAACCCUUUGUGAAAGAGAGAAUGUUGCACUGUGAAAAGAGAAAUUACAGAAACCCUCCUGGCUCAAGAGGCAAAAACCACCAAGAAAAUGCAUGAAUUUGAAAACAUCAAGAAAAACUUUUUGGACCUCCAGGAUUUGAUAAGUCUGAAAUCCACGGCUCUACUUAAUGAGGAAACACUUGUAGCCAAACUGAAAGAAAAAGGCAAGGAACUGGAAAAGAACCUGGAAAUGAAAAAGACAGAUGUGCUGAUACUCUCAGAACAGAAGCUCCAGCUUGAUUCUGAGUUACUGCUUUUACAAUCCAAAAUUGCCCAGGAAAAGGAGGAUUUCAAUAAGGAACUUGAAAAGACUAAGGAAGAUCUACACAGUGCUGAAUGCCUAAAUAAAGACCUUAAAUUGGAAAACAAAGCUGUACACCAAAAAUAUGAACAAACACUGGAAGAAGAACAACAGUGGGCUGUAAAAAGGGAUGAGAUGGUGACAAAAUUGAGGAAUUUAUCUGUCUUGUUGGAUGAAGAACUUGCACUUGUGGAAAAUCAUAUGAUGAAAAAGAAACACCUAGAGGAAGAAAUUGAGACUCUGAGAGGCAGCCUGCGAAAUGCAAAGGAGAGGCAUGCAGAAGAGCUGGCAUCUCUAAAGCAAGAUUUCAAGACAGAAAAUAAGACAAGAAUAAUGCUCCAGUGGAAGCUACUCUACCUAGCACUGCAGAGAAAACUCUUUUUCACAGAGGAGGAGAAUAUGAACAGAGAAGUUAAUGAAAGGAGAGAGGCUGGCAAAAAAAGGCAUGCUGAACUGCUCCUGGAGAUUGAACACCUUGAUGAAGAGAUUUCUCAGACUGAAAACCAAGUCAAAGUCCUAAGUGAAGAAGCAGUUAAGAAGGAAAACCAUUGGAAUAAUUACAAAGAGGAUUUUACUAACACAUUAAAAUCUCUGGAGCUGGAGCUGAGGAACAAACUGCACCAGAGACGCGGCGCUGCGGCUGGCCAGGUGAGAAGUCAUACGGAGAGCGUGAAGCUGCUGGAACGAGACAUCUAUGAGGCCAGCAGGAAACUGGACAUUGUGAACACUGAGAACUGCAGGUUCAAACUGUGCAAUGCACAGAUGAAAGAAGCUAUUUUUGCGCUGCAUUCUGAAGCAGAAACCCUCAAGUCAGCAACAGCCAAACUCCUGACUGAUCUAGCAGCACAUCAUGAUCUUCUUCUGAAGGAAUGGUCAGAGGAGAGCUCUGUUCGAAAGCAAUUUCUGGAGGAUGAGCAGGAAAUACUGAGUGCAGUGACAGCUCUAACCACAGAAGUGCGACAACGACAGGAAAAGAUUGGUGACAUCAACUGCAGGCUACAAAACAAGCUUCAAGCACUAAAUUCUCUGCUUGACAAAAAAUCCAGGAUGGAUAAUCCCCCUAAGACACACUAAAGGAACGGAUCUGCAGAGAGCCCACGGGGUCACUGACAAGCAGGGUAACAAUGGCUGCAAUGCUGCACUCGAACAAGGCCGUGAU